AUGACUCAACGAGAUGUUAUGUCUAGGAAUUUGAUGAUUGAUGGGUAUACGUCGAAUGGUUUAGCUGAGCAAGGACUGUAUGUGUUCGUGGAGAUGUUGGCUUCUGGAAUCGUGAGCAAUAGACAAAUACGAGUUGUGGAUAGCGUUCGGUGGACAAGACGGUGCCGUUCAGUGUUCGAGGAUAGCAUGUAA